AUGCACUACGGGGUUUCCGACGGCAAGAGAGGCAUCUUCUACCUCAACCGUAUCGCACCGUCCGGGUCUCUGCUUUACGUGGCCAACGCCGACGGCAGUGACGCAAAACCUUUGAUGAAUAAUGGAUCGGCAGCCUUCGAUUUUCACGCGUCCUGGUCUCCAGGGGGCAAGUGGAUCGUCUUUAGCAGCGAGCGUCGUGCCGAUGGUCAAUCCGAUAUAUACAGAGUCAAACCUAAUGGCUCUGAGCUCGAGACAUUAGUGCAGACUGACUCGUUCGAGGAUGCCGGCGUGUUGUCGCCCGAUGGUACUACCCUCGCAUAUGUUUCGACUCAAGGCAACUACACUGCCAAUAUCUGGGUCAAGGACUUGAGGACUGGUAUUGCCAAGAACCUUACUAAUACUGCAUCGACCCGAGGAGAUCGGUCAAGUCCUCAAGGCCACUUCCGGCCUGCCUGGUCUCCCGAUGGCGAAUGGAUUGCAUUUAGCUCCGACCGGAAUACGGAAUGGACUGGCCACAGCGACGGGACCGGCUGGGAGCAUACGCAGACUCUUUCCAUCUACAUUAUCCGCCCUAAUGGAUCCGACUUUCGAGCAGUCGCUAGCAAACCUGGCUAUGCGCUUGGCUCGCCACAAUGGUCUCCAGAUGGAAGCCGCAUCCUCUACAGUUCGAUAUCUACCGAGGAUACUUACGGCGCGCACGGUGUAUCAAAUCAAAUGGAGGCCCUAUCGGGGCAAAUCGAAAGUGUUGAUAUCGCCACUGGUCUCGAUAUUGUGGAGCACACAUCCGGGCCUUACUUGAAAGUGGGACAGCACUACAUCGGCAACGGUGACAACAUCGGCUAUGUGGUCAAGGCUGGUCCCAGUGAAGGCAUCAACUAUACGAAGUCAGAUGCAUCUCAUACGGCAUUUCUGAGAUCUGGUGUUCGCAAUCCCUCAUGGUCCCCGGAUGGUACGAAGGUGGUCUACGAAGUGUCCUCAUGGGAUGUCCGCUCCCCUGCUAAGAAACUCUUCAGUUGGGACGAAGAGUGGGAGUACCGCUUUAUGGACGUGUUUCCACAGUACAACAAGGCCACAGAACGCCUCGUCUUUACCCAAAAGCAGCUCGGUAACUCGUCAGUUGUGACCUCGACGACUGAAUACACCGACUUGAAAGAGGUGUUUGAUGUUUACGAUGUCUGGUCAACUGACAAUGAAACGGAGGUUGGGAUUGUAAAGAGUGGCCUUGGAGGUGCUUUCCAGCCAACAUGGUCACCCGACGGCUCUCAAAUAGCCGUUGGGUUCGGAGUUUGGUUCUUUAACCGCAACAGCAACCCGGCAUCCAUCUACCUCGCCAACGCCACAGGUGAUGGUUUCUACAACAUGACAGAUAUAGAAACUGACCUCAAUGCUGGAUUUCCGUCCUUUUCACCUGACGGCACCAAGUUGGUGUAUCGGCUGUGGAACUCGAAAGAUAAAAUCCCACUGGGCUUGCGCAUCCUCGACCUGACUACUGGCAAAACCACCAAUCUUACUUCAGGCUGGGACAAUACUCCUGGGUGGUCACCCGAUGGCGAGCGUAUCGUAUUUACCAGACAGGUCAACUGGACAUCAGAGUACGGUAGCCGCUGGUACGAGGAUCGUUUUGACAUCAUGACGAUUCGACCUGAUGGAAGCGAUCUCACUCAAGUGACUGAUAGUCCAGCCAAUGACGCACAUGCUGUGUGGUCGUACGAUGGCCGCAUCCUCUGGAGCACCGGCAUGUAUGGUUUUCGCGAUGAGUCCUCCCAAUAUGAGAACACGUUUCAACCCUACGGCCAGAUCAUGGUUAUGGAUGCCGAUGGCUCAAAUAAGCGCAUGCUGACAGAUAGCAUGUGGGAAGACUCGAUGCCUCUAUAUGUGCCUAGGGAAUAA